UUUCUCGUGCACUCAAUCGCUAGACUCGCUAGAUAAACAUGGUUCUAUUGAUAGUCAAAACUUUGAGAUUGGGCAAAAACGAAUACAGCGUCUUUGGAAAUUACUUGACAUUGUUCAUGGGCGGGCCGAUAAGAUAAUAUUAUUCGACCAUAUUUCGUAUCAGAGCGAUUCGCGUCAGGAAAGUCGGAGCUGGAAAAUAAAACCUAUUGAGAGAGCCAGUUUGCCCAUGAGAGUGCCGUCGUCUAAUUAUAAAGUCGUAAAGAUAUUGAGAGUUGAAGCCAGACAUUUGUAAUCGCAACUUGUCGAUUGUAUUCAUUGGCACAUGGAGCUGUUGGGUGUAAAGUUUGCGCCUCUUCGGGUGCCUCUCGAAAGACGACUACAGACACUUGCGGCUGGCGCUUGGUUUUGUGUACUGGGAUUUGGAAGUUUCUUUGGAUGGAUAAUCACGUUUUAUUGUUUAGUGUUUGGACAUUGGUUGAGAUACUUCACGCUCAUAUAUUUAUACUGGGUAUUCUACAUUGAUUGGAAUACAUACAAAAGGGGUGGACGAAGUGAACGAUGGACCUUAUGGAUGAGGAACUUCAUCUGGUGGCAUUACUUCUGUGCCUAUUUCCCCGUGAAGCUAGUCAAAACUGUUGACCUUGAUCCAUCACAAAACUACCUUUUGUGUUCAUUUCCCCAUGGAAUUUUAGCCACCGGUGUCUUCGCUGCAUUUUCCACCGAUAUCCUCAAUUGCAAAACAAUUUUCACUGGUUUAGACCCGCGGAUAGUGACUCUGGAUCAGCACUUCAAGGUACCAUUUUUCAGGGAGUUUGCCUACAGUUUUGGCGCGUGUGGUGCCUCCUCGGAAAGUCUUCAAUAUUUAUUGCAAUCAAAGGAUCAGAAUCAAAAGAGUGCAGCUGUGGUUUUGGUUGUUGGAGGAGCUGCUGAGUCCCUCAAAUGCAAACCAUCUACUUAUGAUAUCAUUCUUAAGAAGAGAAAAGGAUUCGUGAAAAUCGCGCUGGAAACGGGUACUCCAUUGGUUCCGGUUUUUUCAUUUGGUGAGACAGAUUUGUACGAUCAAAUACGCAGUACCGAUGACUCGGUACUGUCUAAAGUUCAACAAUUCAUCAGAAAAAUUUGUGGCAUCGCACCAGUAAUUGUUGUUGGUCGAGGAUUUUUCCAAUAUAGUUUUGGACUUAUCCCACAGAGAAAACCAGUAACUGUCGUAGCAGUUAUACAACCUCGGGCAGUUCUCCGUCGGACGACGAAGGGUCUAUACACUAGACAGGGCUUCAGUCCUUGCAAAACCAACCAAUACGAAAAUGACAAAGUAAAAAUCUCCACCCGCUUUCCAACAAUAUACAAUCGAAAAUAUCAGAUGAUCGUCGGAAAAUUCGUGGGUUGAAGGAACUAGAAAACAGGAAGAGGAGCGUCAUUCAGUUUAGCGUUGACGGAAGUGCAGGCAGAGGGAAAAAGAGGAAAAACAAUUAGUAAUCGACAAUAUUGAUAAACUC